UUUGGACUGUGCAGGGAAUCCGUCUCGUAAUACGAGCGCGCUGCGUUCAGUUUUUCAUUCUGAUGAACGCAGAGCUUUUUUCUAGCGCAUUUACAGAUGGAUUAUUUUAUCUUUGGGCAGGUCACACUGAAAGACUACAACUCCCAGCAGCCCGAGACACUCUCAUGAACAGCUACGUCAUGAUGUAACGGCACGUUUUGUUUUGUCCGCCUAGUUCUCAGCUGGUUAAGUUGCCACAGAAGAAAAUGUGGGAGAAGUACGGUUCUUAGCUUGGUAGAUUUUAACUAAUACUAGAUUUUAUGCAAUAUAAUACACGUAUUUGCUCUACACAGCGGAAACCUAGAUUCAGGAAGAGCUGCCGCUUAAGUCGUUCAUGAUGUAUUUCGAAGGAUCCAGCAAUGUCACGUUGCUGUUUGACUUCUGGAGUGUGCACGAGCCAGGAGGGAUGGUAUUGUCAGUCUUUGUGGUUCUGCUGCUCACAGUAAUCUAUGAGCUCCUGAAGGUGUGGAAGAACACUCUGGCACAGCAGUCCACGCAUCCCCCAGCCCCUUCCACCCCUACAGCCAUCUCCACGUCUCCCCCGUGUUUCUCCCCAGAGUUGGAACAUCCAGAAAACAGUCCCACACUAACUAACAGCCCCUCAGAGAUCUCUCUGACUCCUACUGAGAAUACAGCCACCACUGCUGUCAUCACUCCCACCAUAAACAGCUGGCUUCUUCACAGCCUUCAGACAGGCCUGCACAUCGUACAAGUGGUACUGGGCUACAUGCUAAUGCUGUGCGUCAUGUCCUACAACAUCUGGAUCUUUCUCGGGGUCAUCGUGGGAUCUCUGUUGGGCUACUUCUUUGCUUUUCCUCUUCUGAGUCAUGUGAAGCGACAAACCUGAGCGAUAUGAAAGCAAGACAUGAAAUGGUAGUGUCUUCAAGUUUGUUUUAAUUGUUUUAUUCCAGAGCGGUGAACUAAAAUGUCGUCUUUCAGUGUAGGCCUGCCGGUCUUCGACUUCAGUGCCAGAGUAGAACAGGUACUGUUUUACCAUUGCAUGUUCAAAGGUGGGGUGUUUUUAACAGUGCUGGGGUUUGUCAAUACAGAGAUGAAUCCGUUUGUGUUUUUAAAGAAAAAUGUGUUCUGUUUUAACAAUCACAUGAAAUGGUGGGAGGUUGGUAGCAGAGCCAACGUGGGAACACUGUCAACUCAUGUCCUACAACAGUGUUUAGAAUAAAGGUUUUAACUUGCUCUCAUUUAAACCAGGCAAUUAGUGACUACAUGAACAUUGUGUGCCAUGUCAGUUGAACUGUAUGAUUAGUGGUUAUCUUGAAUACAUGUCGUCAGGCCUUGGACACCUGAUCUGCUGUCCAAACAGUUUACACUUGAACUAUUCAGCCCUGUUAAUGUGUUUUACAUUAAAGCAGCUGCUUCUCUAUUUGUUGGUUUUGGUCAGAGUGGGUGCAUGCAGAUGACAGCAGUUUCAAACUUGUGAUGGACGUAAUGCUCGUAUGAGUCACAUUUUCUGUACUGGAACUAACAGUAGGGAAUAGACGCUCUGAAAUCAUGUGGCCUUAGCUAAUGUUCACCAGCAAUACGUUUAUGGUACAGGAGUGUGCAGGAAAGAGAAUCCUUUAAAGAUAAAAAAUGACCUUCUUAUCCACUACUGACAAACGGUUUUAACAACUUUUCUGUAAAUGACUCUUGACCAGUCUCUACUAUUUUUUUAUUUUUAAUUUUAAUAAAAUGGUUUGGCUAAUA